AUGGUUUCUCUGUCAUGUGUCUGUAUAACAGAAAAGCCAGGAGUGUGUCCACGCAGAAAAUACGAAGCAGAAAUGUGUGCAAGGAUUCGUUUCGUGUCAUGUGCCGAUGACAGUGACUGUGCCAAAGAUGAGAAAUGCUGCAACAAUGGAUGUGGACGUCAGUGUAUGCCUCCAGUUAUAGAAAAGCCAGGAGUGUGUCCACGCAGAAAAUAUGAAGCAGAAAUGUGUGCAAGGAUUCGUUUCGUGCCGUGUGACGAUGACAGUGACUGUGCCAAAGAUGAGAAAUGCUGCAACAAUGGAUGUGGACGUCAGUGUAUGCCUCCAGUUAUAGAAAAGCCAGGAGUGUGUCCAGUCAAACAAUAUGCAGCAGAAAUGUGUGCCCGGAUCAGUUUCGUGUCAUGUGCUGAUGACAGUGACUGUGCCAACAAUGAGAAAUGCUGUAGCAAUGGAUGUGGACGUCAGUGUAUGCCUCCAGUUAUAGUCUACAUUUCGGUGUGUGGGCGCUCAGAGUACCGGCAACAUGUGAGAAGUGCUGGUGUGCGAGAAGUGCCGGUACUGCGUACUGGCCCACUUCGAGCACUGACUGUUACUACUAAUAAAACCGAUCUCUGGGAGCCCAAAAGUGCGUGGGCCCUUAGAAUCAUCUUAACUUUCCCCCCCUUAGCGGAGCCCCCGAUAACAGAAAAGCCAGGAGUGUGUCCACGCAGACAAUACGCAGCAGAAAUGUGUGCCCAGAUUCGUUUCGUGUCAUGUGCCAAUGACAGUGACUGUGCCAACGAUGAGAAAUGCUGCAGCAACGGAUGUGGACGUCAGUGUAUGCCUCCAGUUAUAGAAAAGCCAGGAGUGUGUCCACGCAGAAAAUAUGAAGCAGAAAUGUGUGCAAGGAUUCGUUUCGUGCCGUGUGCCGAUGACAGUGACUGUGCCAAAGAUGAGAAAUGCUGCAACAAUGGAUGUGGACGUCAGUGUAUGCCUCCAGUUAUAGAAAAGCCAGGAGAGUGUCCAAUCAGACAAUAUGAAGCAGAAAUGUGUGCAAGGAUUCGUUUCGUGCCGUGUGCCGAUGACAGUGACUGUGCCAAAGAAGAGAAAUGCUGCAACAAUGGAUGUGGACGUCAGUGUAUGCCUCCAGUUAUAGAAAAGCCAGGAGUGUGUCCACGCAGAAAAUAUGAAGCAGAAAUGUGUGCAAGGAUUCGUUUCGUGCCGUGUGCCGGUGACAGUGACUGUGCCAAAGAUGAGAAAUGCUGCAACAAUGGAUGUGGACGUCAGUGUAUGCCUCCAGUUAUAGAAAAGCCAGGAGUGUGUCCAAUCAGAAAAUAUGCAGCAGAAAUGUGUGCCCGGAUUAGUUUCGUGUCAUGUGCCGAUGACAGUGACUGUGCCAACAAUGAGAAAUGCUGCAGCAAUGGAUGUGGACGUCAGUGUAUGCCUCCAGUUAUAGCGGAGCCCCCGAUAACAGAAAAACCAGGAGUGUGUCCACGCAGACAAUACGCAGCAGAAAUGUGUGCCCGGAUUCGUUUCGUGUCAUGUGCCAAUGACAGUGACUGUGCCAACAAUGAGAAAUGCUGCAGCAACGGAUGUGGACGUCAGUGUAUGGCUCCAGUUGCAGAAAAGCCAGGAGUGUGUCCACGCAGACAAUAUAAAGCAGAAAUGUGUGCCCGGAUUAGUUUCGUGCCGUGUGCCGAUGACAGUGACUGUGCCAAAGAUGAGAAAUGCUGCAGCAAUGGAUGUGGACGUCAGUGUAUGGCUCCAGUUGAAGAAAAGCCAGGAGUGUGUCCAAACAGAAAAUGUCAAGCAGAAUUGUGUCCCCGGAUUAGUUUUGUGUCGUGUGCCAAUGACAGUGAAUGUGCCAACGAUGAGAAGUGCUGCAGCAAUGGAUGUGGACGUCAGUGUAUGCCUCCAGUUACAGAAAAGCCAGGAGUGUGUCCACGCAGACAAUAUGAAGCAGCAAUGUGUGCCCGGAUACGUUUCAAGCCCUGUGCCGAUGACAGUGACUGUGCCAAGAAUGAGAAAUGCUGCAGCAAUGGAUGUGGACGUCAGUGUAUGCCUCCAGUUACAGAAAAGCCAGGAGUGUGUCCACGCAGACAAUAUGAAGCAGCAAUGUGUCCCCGGAUACGUUUCAGGCCCUGUGCCGAUGACAGUGACUGUGCCAACAAUGAGAAAUGCUGUAGCAAUGGAUGUGGACUUCAGUGUAUGCCUCCAGUUACAGGGAAACCCACGGCUAAAGCAGACAGAGCCUUUGCAGUUGCUGAUCCACGGUUAUGGAAUCAGAUGCCACCUGACAUUAAGAAAAAGCCAGGAGUGUGUCCACGCAGACAAUAUGAAGCAGAAAUGUGUCCCCGGAUACGUUUCAGGCCCUGUGCCGAUGACAGUGACUGUGCCAACAAUGAGAAAUGUUGCAGCAAUGGAUGUGGACUUCAGUGUAUGCCUCCAGUUAUAGGAGUGGCGUAA